GAAGUUGGAACUUCAAAAACAGCAACCCCUUCUUCGAUGCGAAACCAACAAAUGCAUUAAAAGUUUAAACCCUUCCAUCCACGCUCAGAUUUAAACUCUCUCUCUCUCUCUCUCUCUCUCUCUCUCUCCUCACUACCAACAGAGGAUGACAGGGCUUGUGAUGGUGACAAGGGGCGGCGGGUGCGGCGGUGGAAAUGAAAAAGGAGCAGCAAAGGGAAGCAGUAAGAGCUCAGAGCUUGAAGAUAAAAAUCAAAACCAGCUCUCUCUAGUAGCAGUUCUCUUAGCUGCUAUAAGGAAAUCCAUGGUGGCCUGCCAUGUCGAGCGAGGCGGUGAAGAACUCAUGUCCGCCGUCCAACAAAUGGAGAUCGGGUGGCCCUCGAACGUCCGCCACAUUACCCAUGUCACAUUCGACCGAUUCAACGGCUUUCUGGGUCUUCCUGUCGAGUUCGAGGUUGAGAUUCCGGGUCGAGUUCCGAGUGCUAGUGCAAGCGUUUUCGGUGUCUCAGUGGACUCGAUGCAGUUGUCUUUUGAUUUGAAAGGAAAUAGUGUUCCUACUAUUCUCUUGCUGAUGCAGGAGAGAUUAUACUCACAAGGAGGAUUGAAGGCAGAAGGAAUAUUUCGUAUAAACCCCGAGAACAGCCAAGAGGAGAUUGUGAGAAGCCAACUGAACCGGGGCAUGGUGCCGGAUGAUGUUGAUGUUCAUUGCUUGUCAGGUCUGAUUAAGGCCUGGUUUCGAGAGCUUCCUUCCGGGGUGCUAGAUGGACUGUCCCCCGAACAAGUUCUUCAAUGCGAAACAGAAGAGGAUUAUGUCGAGCUUGUGAAGCAGCUGAAGCCAACUGAGGCUGCAUUGCUCAAUUGGGCUGUUGAUCUGAUGGCUGAUGUUGUCGAAGAAGAAGAGUUCAACAAAAUGAACCCUCGAAACAUCGCCAUGGUUUUCUCUCCAAACAUGACUCAGAUGUCGGAUCCUCUGACGGCUUUGAUGCAUGCUGUUCAAGUUAUGAAUUUGCUUAAGACCCUGAUCAUGAAAACGCUAAGAGAGCGUGAAGAGACCGAUACUGGAUCCUAUUCGCCAAUGUCAUCUCGUUCGUCUGAUCAUCUAACGGAUGAAGACUUCGAUAGCCAGCAAGAGAUGGAAAGUAGCUCUGAGUUGAGUGGACCAACAUCAGAUUGUGAUGAAAACACCCACAACAGCCGCAGAAGCGAAAAUGGAGAUGAAACUCGGUCACUAAGUGAGAUAGAAGAAUGCUUUUUGAGACAAUUGGAUGAGAUUAAAACUGUCACAAGUAGUUUGGUAAUGUUCGAUCAACCAACAGGUGAGCUGGAUGGGGAGUGUCAGAGUCCUCAAAGUUGCUCGGGCUUCAACGCAGAAUCCAGCACAUCAUUUUCUGAUAGCAAUGAUGUGAAUUCGGGUAUUAGCUCAAGCGAAGGGGACGAGAUCUCAAGAAAAUGUAUGAUAUCUGAGGAAGAACAGGACAUAGACGCAGAGAGCUCUUCAACAGCCUGUGUAAACACGGAUGAAAUGGAGGUGGAGACCAAAUUCAUAGAGCAUGUUUCGGCUUCACCUACUCCGUUUGUGGCGUCCAGUGGAUCAAUCUGACCAACGUUCCAAUUUUCCGGUGCUUUCUCCGCGGAUUUUAGGUUUCGUGCUUACGGCGUUGUUUGCUUUGUGUAAAUGUGUGUGAUGGUUUGUGAGAGGAUUUAGUUGAACCAAGCAAACUAGGGAAUGUUUGCCUUGUGGUUGUUUUGUGGCUUGUGAGCUAUCAGGGUUCAGCUUUGGGCUGAACUUAUUAUGGUUUGGUUUGUAUUAGGAUUAGGACGUCUAACCUUAAACAUUUCAUUAGAAUGUUAGUGGUAAUCUCCAACAUGCGAAAAAACAUCGCUCGAACUUGAAAAUUUGAUUUGUUAUCUGUA